GAACCUUCCAGACUUCCACUCCACUAUAUAUAAUCCUUCCGUUUCCUUUUCCUCUCCCACUCAAAGUUCAAGUUAAAAAACUACAGUAAUUUUCAUCAGCAUCGAUUACGAUUAUAAAUAUUCAUAUAUUAUUCGAAGAUGCCGGUCCGAUCAACGGGAGGAAUCAGACAAGAGUGGGAGCCAGUCGUGCUCCACAAGCCAAAGUUGAAGGCACAAGACUUGAGGGAUCCAAAGGUUGUAAACCAGGCAUUGCGAACCGGAGCACAGGUUCAAACGGUGAAGAAAUUCGACGCCGGUUUGAAUAAGAAAACGACUGCCGCUUCUGCUGUCGUUAACGUUAGAAAACUGGAUGAGGCGGCGGAACCGGCAGCGCUUGAGAAAGUACCGGUGGAGGUGAGGCAAGCUAUACAAAAGGCGAGGAUUGAAAAGAAGAUGAGCCAAGCUGAUUUGGCGAAACUGAUCAAUGAACGGCCACAGGUUGUUGCAGAAUAUGAGAAUGGUAAGGCCGUUCCUAAUCAAUUGGUGUUGGCCAAAAUGGAGAAGAUCCUUGGUGUUAAACUUAGAGGUAAAAUUCACAAGUGAGUGUUUGUAUGAGAUUGCGAAGUUCAUGGUUGUAUUGUUAAUAACUUAUGGUUGUAUUGUUAAUAACUUGUGGAUUCUCCAGGAUUUCGUGUUCUGAUCUGAUUAAUCGUCUUGUAACUGUUUAGAAGCUGUGGCUAUGUAAAAAAUAUGGUGUAAUGUGUUCAUUUUAGUGAAAAAUGGUAGUACUCUGUUUCAAUUUUAAGUGGUACUAGUACUCUAUUUUAAGCGUUUUGUAAUUGUUUAGAAGUUAUGGCUAUGUAAAAUAUAGUCUCUUGUGUUCAUUUUGGUGAAAAAUGGUACACCAGUAAUCUGUUUCAAUUUUUU